AUGAUCCCCGCCAUGUUCCUGCCCAACUUCAGCGUUCCCAGCGCGGCCCUCUUCGACCAGUUCAGAAACCCCAACCACAUGCCUCCCAAGAUCUUGCACCUGGGAUACAACUCCAAGCUCGAAGCAGAGGGCAAGCAGAACCUGACCGACAAGCAGAUCAGAUACGAGAACCUGUGCGUCAUGUACAACCAGGUGGCCACGAAGAUCAGCGCUCGAGACUUUCUCGGUGGACCUUACGUCGUCGGGACUGAUAACUCCGCGGCGACCGUCAACGUCAGCGCCGGUGAAGUUCCCGGAGAGUCCGGUGGCAUGGAGAAUGCCCACAACGUCGCCCACGAGUGGACAGGGCUCAUCAAUGACCCAAAUCACCCCGACAACGAGGACAUGGGCGAUUUCAUCUACUCCGCUCGGGACCCCAUCUUCUACAGUCAUCACUCCAAUGUCGACCGCCUGUGGGACGUGUGGAAAACCAUCCCCGACAAGGUCACGAAAUCCGGUACCAGGAAGAGAAUGGAUUACACUUCCAGAGACUUUCUGGACACCGAGUUCACCUUCUACGACGAAAAUCAGGACAUGGUGAUCAUCAAGGUGAGGGACAGCCUCGACAGCUCCAAGCUCGGGUACAAGUUCACGGACGUGAGCAAAUCUGACAAUAUGUGGAUAUACUACGAGCCCAUGCCUCCCCAUCAGUCGUCCGGGACAAGCAAUUCCAGUGACUAUCCUGCAGCAGCUCCAUCACGAUACAACUACAUCGGCACGGAUCCUGUGAGUUUUAGGCUGGAUCGUCGAGCUCCGACGAGCAAAGAUGCUGGGCAGAGCGGGGUGAAGAAUGUGGAUCAGUUGCAGGAGAACGUCGUGCUGGAGAAGGUGAAAAUCCCGCAUUCAGAAUACGCCAGAUUUGACGUGUUCAUCAAUUACCCGGCAGCUAACAGGCAGACGCAUCUGUACAUGUCGGAGUACGUGGGUACGUUCACGCAUCUACCGAGUGGCAUGAGCAAAUCUGUGUCCGAGUCGUCCAGCAACUCAGACGAGUUCCGCAUUGUGACCAUCCGGUACUCCGUAAACGCCGCUCUGAAACGACUGGGCAUCACAGAUUACAACACGUACAUCGUAGUGACUAUAGUCUCAAAAGGCGCGAGGAACACCGGCCCAAAGACCGGGUACACAAUCUCCAACCUCAAACAAGACUUCCAAUAG